CUAAGACUCGCAACAGACCCGUCCAAGGAUGUUUGUUUGUUUUGUUUCGUGAAUGUGAUGAGUUUAAUCAAUUUGCAAACAAUCCUCGGCCCAGUAAGUAACACGCUUAAGUCCGGAGCUACAAUCAAGGUGAGUACAGUUAUAACGUCAGACAUAACGGCAUGUGGGCUCUAUCGCUCUCCUGCUGCACUAUGCUCCAGCUGAGGACACACAACGUGAGGACAUUUCUUCAAAAGGCCGUCUGUGUUUGUCCAAACCAAGACUCCAGACACUGCAGCUCUGCAAAGCACAAAAGGAGGGUUGUUAUAACUGGGAUAGGGUUAGUGUGUCCUCUGGGCACAGGGACUGUCCUAACCUGGGACCGCCUCAUUAAAGGACACAGUGGGAUCGUUGCUCUUCCCUCUGAGGACUACAAGUCCAUCCCCUGCAAAGUGGCAGCGCUGGUGCCCAGAGGAAACGACCACGGCCAGUUUGAGGAGGAGCGGUUCGCGUCCCGUGGGGAGAUCGGCAGCAUGUCCUCCGCCACCGUGAUGGCUCUCGGAGCUGCUCAGCUGGCCCUGGAGGACUCGGGCUGGCACCCCGAAACCCCGGAGGAACAAGUCAACACCGGGGUGGCCGUCGGCAUGGGCAUGGUGUCCCUGGAUGAAAUCGCUCGCACCUCGGCGGCCUUCCGAGAGAAGGGCUACAAAAAAGUCAGUCCCUUCUUCGUGCCGCGCAUCCUUGUCAACAUGGCUGCUGGGCACAUAAGCAUCAGACACAAACUGAAGGGUCCCAACCACGCGGUGUCCACGGCGUGCACCACGGGUGCCCACGCCGUAGGCGAUGCCGCCAGGUUCAUCGCCCACGGCGAUGCGGCCGCUAUGCUCUCGGGGGGAACAGAAUCCUGCGUGGGGCCUCUGUCGGUCGCCGGCUUCGCCAGGGCCCGGGCCCUCGCCACCAAAUGGAACGACGACCCCGCCCAGGCGUCGAGGCCCUUUCACCCGGAGCGAGAGGGAUUCGUGAUGGGCGAAGGCGCGGCGGUGCUCCUCCUGGAGGAGCGUGACCACGCGGUGAAACGAGGGGCCAGGAUCUACGCGGAGAUCCUGGGUUAUGGGCUCUCUGGAGAUGCCAGUCACAUCACUGCACCCACUGCGGAUGGAGAUGGAGCAUUCAGAUGCAUGUCUGCGGCCCUCAGAGAUGCCGGCGUCUCGCCGGCUGACGUGACGUACGUGAACGCUCACGCCACCUCCACGCCCUUGGGAGACGCGGCGGAAAACGCCGCCAUCAAGAGGCUCUUCCGGCAUGCGGCCCAGAACCUGGCCGUCUCCUCCACCAAGGGGGCCACCGGACACCUGCUCGGGGCCGCGGGGGCCCUGGAGGCAGCCUUCACCGCCCUGGCCUGCUACCACGGGGUCCUGCCCCCGACCCUCAACCUGGACCGGACCGAGCCGGAGUUCGACUUGAACUACGUCCCCCGCGCGGCACAGCCGUGGGACGCUCGGGGCCGGCGCGUCGCCCUCACCAACUCGUUCGGAUUCGGCGGCACCAACGCGUCGCUGUGCAUCAGCAGCAUCUGAUGACACAAUUGUUUAUUGUGGCGUCAUGGAGUUUCCAUGAGCAUCAUCGCUUCUUCUGCUAGUUGGUUUGUGCGUUCUCAUGAACUGAUUCAAGGAAAAUGUCAGUGACAGAAUAAAAGCAUUGAAUCCUUGUUUAAAAUGUAUAAUUGUGUGUAAAAUGUAUUUAGGUGACUUUGUGAA